AUGAGGUCUCCGUGCCGUCCUCGGCCGCUGCUGGCCGGCCAGGUGGAGGCAGCCGGUAAGCUUCAGGUGCGUCUGGUCAGCUUCAGUAACCCCGAGUCGCGCGCGCUGGGCGGCGCCUGCUGCCAGCCCACGGCGCGUGCAGAGCAGUCCUCCUGCAGUGGCGAGUGCAGCACCUUCUUCAGAGUCUGUGCGUCGACCGGCAGCGGUGGCGGCGACAGCGCUGCAGCGAAGUCCGAGCACUCUGCAGGCACCUCGUCUAACGGAGAGGUGACUGUUAAAAGCGCCAGCCUACAAAUCGUCCAACAGGCCACCCCAUUCUCUGUCGUCAGCCCUCCAGCUCGAGAUGCUAUUCAGAACCGACAGGGAGAGCUGACUCCCACAGAAGACGUCUCCUUGUCCCCGGCCUCUGAGCUGUCCGAGCAGGAGAAUGGGUUCAUUUCACCACACCGACCCAUAAUCAUCCUCGAUAAUCCUGGUUCUACCGAUGACGUCGAAGCUUUAGCUGACGAGACGCAGCUAUCUUCUCGGAUGACCGUCUCACAUGAGUCAAAAUACGAUAGCAAUCCACAGGACAUCGGCUUUCAUUUCUUCGAGCACGGGGACUUGGUCCAGCUACAGUUUGCUACUGGUCGGCGAUCGGACAAGGCUAGUUUUCACCCGAGUCCACCAGGUGCCGGUAGUGGCGGUAGCAGCACCGGCACUGGCGCUAGUGUCGAUGUUGAUAGCGUAGGAGGUGGUGGAGAGGCAGGGAAGAAAGAGCAUGGGAGUGGAGAAGGCACAUGCUGCAAUGAGCGACAGAAACGAGAAACCCAUGAUGUGACUCUCGAUGCUGAAGAUGAUGCUGUAAGUGCUGACGCAGACGCUGAGGUUCUGCCUCAAUCCGGUGAGACAGCUCAGCCAAAGAAGCACGGGGACCAGCCCGAUACAGACGACAAACACUCCGAGGAUACAGCAGGGUGGACCCUGAGCUCUCCGUCCUGGGAGUUCAUCGGACCUGAAACUUCCACAGACCUACCAUCAUCUCCCGACGAUACAACUGAACCAGGACCACUGGAGGUGACAGCACCUCCGGUCAGACCAGCAGCACCUCCCGUCAGACCAGCAGCGACUCCCGUCACACCAGCAGCGCCCCCUGUGAGACCAGCAGCUCGUCGAGACCCGCCCAGCAGUCGGUUGGGCCCGGCGCGGCGCGGCGCUCCGGAGCGGCGCUGGCGGCGUCCCCAGCUGCCGUGCUCACUGGGCCUGCUGGUGACUGGUGUGGUGGCCAACAGCAGCCUGGUCAACCAGCACAACCGGGUGCUGGAGAUGACGUUCCCCUUCGACGGCGCCUGGCCGGGUGAGCUCGACCUCACUAUUGAGGCGUGGCACGACACCACAGGAAAACUAUUCUCUGAACGGCCGACAGCGACCGACAAACCAGUGGCGCGGCCUCGGAUCAUCAGUCGGACGGUGGUGCGCCGCCCGCUGGCCCCGGCUCCCGGCUGGUCCCGUGACAGGGUACGGCAGGGCCACGUGCAGCUCGAGUACGACGUCAGACUGGUGUGUGACCCGGACCCGGCAUCACGGGGAGCCGACUGUAUGACCGAGGGAACGGUAUGA